AUAUGUACAAGAAAAGAAAAAGAAGGAAGAAAGAUAAAGAAAAGACUCUGAAGUUGGGGGUGGGUUGGGGGGAAGAGUAAAUGUGCAAGAAACUUGAUUUUCCUCAGAUUCCAUUGGAUAUCUGUGAUAGAAGAUGCACUUAAAAGGCAGGUUUUCAUUAGUGAUUGAUGUUACAUGUGGCAUUAGUGCUGUAUGUUAAGCAAGAGAUGUCAUGUGAUUGGCCCAAUUGACAGUCUGUGUUUGAAACUGGGAGCAUGAGAUUCCCCGUAAGUGGAUAAUCUCACACAUUUAUGUCUCUUUUUGGUUCAAUUUACGGAAAAGAAUUUCUAGCUUUGGGAGAAGUUUAUCUUCAAUUUAAUAAGAUAGCUGAUUUCAUUCACCUUUCCUGGAGUAUUUCUUUAUAAGAGAAACAGAGCAAGUUUGGGUCCUGGGUCCUAAAAUCUAAGGUUAGAUUCUUUGAUUCCUCCAGCCCUACAAAGAACAAAAAGAAUCUGCCAAAAACACUACACCCUACUCAGAAAAUUAAUAAAAUGAAGAGAGAGAAAUUAAAAAGAAAGGAAGAACCAUUUGGUUUUCCUUUCAGUCACCAUAAAGAAAUAUCUAUUAUAGCAUUUCCCAUCAAACAUAUUUAAUUUUCCUCAAAGCUUCUCAGAGUGUUAGGAAAGUUGCACCCAUUAUUCAUCAUGGUGGGGCUACCUAACUCAUGAAGGAAUCAAGCAGAGAGAGGGGGGGUAAACAGCAAGAUAAAAACGAACCAUACACUUUUCCUCUUUUCUCUCCUUUUGAGAGACCCAAAAUGAACUGUGUUGCUUUCUCUGUUUUUCCUGCAUCAUGGAUUCUUUCCCAUCCCCUUUCAAGUCAAAGAAGAAAGAAGGAAAAUUUAAUAAAGAAAAGUUAGAAUGAAAUGGUGGUGGGUGAAAGGAAGAGCCACAGCUCAUGGGCAUAUAUUCCCCUUCCAACAUAACCCUGGUCAUAUUUCCAGAUAUGGAGUGAGAACAUAGGACACCCAACAACUCUAAAAUUAUAAAGAGAAGGACACUGCUCCCCCUAAUUUUUAUGUUUCUCUCUUCUACUUGCCCUUCCAUCAACAAAUCCAACAAAUGGGUCUCCAAAAUUUGCAAAAUCAAAACAUGAACCUGGUUUUGUCCACUGAUCCAAAACCUAGGCUUAAAUGGACUUCAGAGCUACAUCAAAGGUUUGUUGAAGCUGUCAAGCAACUUGGAGGGGCAGACAAGGCAACACCAAAGAGUCUGAUGAGGGUGAUGGGAGUUCCUGGACUUACUUUGUACCACCUCAAGAGCCAUUUGCAGAAGUAUAGGCUGGGUAAGAGCCAGCCAUCACAGUCACAGUCAUCUCAGCUUCAGUCUCAGUCACAGUCUCAGUCUCAGGCCAGCACUGAGAAUAAGAAAGAAGUUCUCUUUGAUGCAGAUUUUAAAGAGAUCCAGAGUAGUAAUCAUGAUCUAAGAGCAGGAAUCACUGAGGGAAAUCCAAAUCCAAUCAAUGAAAGCUUUCAGAUUGCUCAGGUUCUCCAAAUGCAAAUGGAAGUGCAGAGGAAGCUUCAUGAACAGAUUGAGGUGCAGAGACGUUUACAAGUGAGAAUAGAAGCUCAAGGGAAGUACUUACAAUCAGUAUUAAAAAAGGCAAAGGAAACACUUUCUGGUUACGAUUCUUCUUCAAUGGGAAUAGAAAUUGCAAAAGCUGAACUGUCUCGAUUAGUCUCAAUGGUUAACAAUGAAUAUCUAAGCUCUUCAAUCUCAGAAUUGACAGAAAUAGGAGGUUCAAGCUUAAAAGACACUGAGAGGAAACAAAUGAGAGGCACAGUUUGUUCAAUGGAAAGCUCCUUGACAUCAUCUGAGAGCUCUGGGAGAAAAGAAGAUGAGGAACAAAAGAACAAGUUGGGUGACACCUACAAGUUCAAUCCUGAUUCCAUUGAGCUUCCUUUAAUGGAUAUUCACCCUCAAGAAAAGCCAUGGAAUAAUCACGUAAGUGAUCAAGCAAAGAAGAGAAGUUGCAGCACAAUUUCUGAUGGCAUCUGUGUAGAGCAGCCACUGGCAAAAAGAUCAAAAAGUGAUAACAAAUUGAGAAAUUUUGAUCUCAAUAGCCGUUGUCAGAAUGACUUUGAAUCAGAUUCAAAACCAAUAGACCUGAAUUGCAAGGGAAUUGAACAAGUGAAUGGGCAACUCUAGAGUUUUGGGAAGCAUUAUACUGGAAGGGUUUUAGUCAUUAUACUGGAAGGGUUUUAGUAAUAUAGUUUAUGCAGUAGCAAAGUUGAUAAGAGUUAAAUCUUUGUUUAUAAACUAUGUAUAUUGGUGGUAUAUGUAUGGACCCAUGAUGUAGGACAAGCUCUGAUACCAAAAUGAUGUAGAGCCAAUAGUCCCCUGCAACAUUUCAAAACAUGGUAUAAUAUAUUGUGGAUACAUCUCUA